ACAGCAUGGUGUCAGUAAGUGGCGACUAAACAAACAUAGCACAGCUUACUGUACAGCUGGCUGGGCGUAAUUUCGAGUUUCGGGUUGGAGGUGGGAGUCUUUUGUGGGGGUGUAUUUACUUUGAAAUAAAACAUUUUAUUUAAUUGGAAAGUUACUAGACGACCUGUGGAUGACAAGAUCUGAGAUCAGUGAGGACUGUGCCUCUAGGCUGCAGGGUGUCAGCAAUCGCUGGCUCGUCUCUCCCACCGCCCCGCUCUCGUAUCUUUAAAAUCAUCGUGAUUGGAGACUCCGCGGUAGGCAAGACGUGUCUGACCUAUCGGUUCUGUGCGGGCAGGUUCCCGGACAAGACCGAUGCCACAAUUGGGGUGGACUUUAGGGAAAAAAUGAUCGAAAUCGACGGAGAGAAAAUCAAGGUCCAGCUGUGGGACACGGCUGGGCAGGAGCGCUUCAGGAAGAGCAUGGUGCAGCACUAUUACCGCAACGUGCACGCCGUUGUCUUCGUGUACGACGUCACCAACCCUGCCAGCUUCCAGAGCCUGCCAUCCUGGAUCGAGGAGUGCCGGCAGCACUCCCUGGGCAGCGAGGUGCCCCGACUUCUGGUGGGCAACAAGUGUGACCUGCGAGAGUCGGUCCGGGUGAGCACAGACCAGGUGCAGAAGUUCGCUGACUCUCAAAGCAUGCCGCUCUUUGAGACCUCGGCCAAGAACCCAGAUGACAACGACCACGUAGAAGCUAUCUUCAUGACCCUGGCCCACAAACUCAAGAGCCAGAAGCCACUAAUGCUGAGCCAGCCUACAGGCAGGGAGAACAGUGUGCAGCUCAAGCCAGAACAAAAGCUACCUGGGGUUUGUUGGUGCUGAGCCUGGUUACUGAGGCUCCAUCUUUAAGCGGAAGCACAUGGCUGGAUGCCUCCUUGGUCUUUACUGAUGACAAAGGGGGGCAUCCUGAGGUUCUUGUACUGGGGUACAGGGGUUCCUGUACUGUAUAGUGGCACUCCAGUAAGUGUUGCUAGACUAACGGUUAACUUAAUCAAGCCACCCAAAUGCUUGGACUGUUUUAACACUAGAAGAACCGGAGAUAUACUCACACCUACAAGCCCCGCAGCAGUCUUUCUGACGGCUGUAUUCAAAACACUGUAAAUACUAUAACGAAAGAAGAAACAGUCGGAUGUAAUACAUUUUUUAAAAUUUUUAUUUUUUUAUUGAGUAUGUCACAUAAACAUCUGAACAACUGAAGCAUGCAUAUAUAUAUAUAUAUAUAUAUAUACAUUUAUUUUACAAAUCAAAACAAGAAAAUGUAAAUAAACAUCUGAACAGACAUCGGUUUACAACAUACAUAUUUAUAAAACUGAAACGAUAGCAAUACAUUUUUAACUUUUCAACAGCAAUCGGUUUAUUAUCAGAUGAGCAAAAGCAACUGAACGUAGAUAAAUAAACUUAGAAGAAAACAUUUUACAGAAGCGUACUGCACAAGAAGUUAUAAAAAAAGUCUAAUUUAUUUUUCUCGACAAACAGGUAUUCCUUUACCUUGAGUCUAAGGCUGUUCACAGUCAUCACUGAUAAUGUGCUUCUCCACGCCACCUUUCUGCACAGGGCACAGCUGUACGAAGUUUUAUUUGUAUUGCACUUGCCAACCUGGCAUUGGCGUCUCUUGAGGCUCUCAGCGGGGUUGCCAGCUUGAGCUGUGGGUACUCGCUUGGCAGUUUCCCUGUGGUAUUUAUUUUCACUAGUCCUGAUGCUAAUUGACUGACCAAAGCAGCGCAGCUGGCAAGCAGGCGCCAGCCUUUCAAAAGGCUGAUUGAAAAAGAAUAGACAGUCAUUCACUCAGGCAGAAAGUAGAGACUAAUCUAAUUACAGCUAAACACAUUGCGGACUGGUAAAUAAAAAUAAUAAAGUAGAAUACCGUUCUGUAUAAGCAAAAUGCAAUUGUUUUCUGUGUGGCUGUCAAUGUGACUGCUCCCGGGGCUUUUAGGUAUAAUGUAAUAUAUCUCCUUUAUUUCUGCACUCCCGCGUUUCAUGCUUUGUGAGAAUAUUUAAUACAUAUGGACAGAAAGGUACAUGAACGCACAGCCCCAUAUGUGUUACACGACUGGAGAAAAUUACAUUUUAAAACCAAAAACUGCCAAAAUGAGUGCCGCGGGGCUUCUAGUGUUAACACUCUAACCUUAAAAGACCCAGCAUGCAUCUGCUUCAGGGCCAUGUUUGCACAGUUUUAAAGAGCACAGUCCCAGUUGUAGGGAAGUAAACCAGACUUCACUGAUGUGGCCACCUUGUAGGUUUUAAGAAGAGUUGUUUGGUGGUUAGGUUAAAAAAAAAUAAAUUGAUACAACCUAGAAUCAGCCAAGUUUCUUUAGAUCCUUCCUGCCAAUUGGUCUGUAUGUGUUCCUGUACCAAUAAGCAACUGGAGGCCCUUUUCUGGGACGUAUAGAGUAUCCUCUGCAGCAGAAUCAUACUUCCCUUUCACUUGAUAGAGAUGAUCAAGGAUACAUUCUAAAACACUAUCUCGAUUGCCGCUAUGCACACAUAUUCUAAGCAUGAGCAAACAACCACUCAAAGCUAAUGUUAACUGCCCCUGCUAUUAGGUUUAUAGUAAGAGUGGCUGACAGUUUCGUGUUUAAACCCGAUUGUAAAAUACGCCUGCACACUUCGGUCAAAUGUCAGAAUGUUCAGUCGCCCUUGUUGCUAGUUGUGGAUGAGCCGAGCCCAUUGAUCUAUAGCCGAGCCGAGAAGUGAUCACACCGUCAACUGUAAAGCUACGCAGUACCAAGCUUCAAUAAAUACUCCAAACAAACAAACAAAAUAAUAACUACAAACAUGUAAUGAUAAUAAUAGAUUUAUCAAUAAAUACUCCAAACAAACAAAAUAAUAACUACAAACAAACAUGUAAUGAUAAUAAUAGAUUUAUCAAUUGUUUAAUAUAAGUCUAUAGCAGAAAUUUAAUGCUGAACAAGAGCAGUGUGAUUAUUAUGUUAAUAGAUGAACCGCUUUUUUUCGUUUUACUCGUAUAUCGUAUGCUAGUAAUACUGUACUACAGUAGAAGCCUUAGGAUUUUGCAGGUCGGCCUCACUAUGUAAAGUAGAGUUUAGUCAAAGAUACUCUAUGGUUUAGUUUUGUGACAGGAAGUUAUUUCCUGUUUUGCUGUUCUGGGAGAUAAGAUGGCGAUGUAAAGUCGAAAUCUCAUUUGUUGCAAAGGGCGGUAAACUAAAAGAACAAAAGUCCAUUUCUGGUUAAGUAAAGAUACAAGAUACACAUAGAGGUCUACAAUCAUACUUUCCAUUGCAUAUACAAAUAUGUUUUUAAAUCAGCCUUCCAGUGAAAAAACAAUGGAAAUUAAAUACAAAAAACUACGUUUUAAGUGACAGUAAGAGCUGACAAAGCCGAAAAAGAUUUGUCAAAGAAUUGUCAAGUAAGACCACCACUGUGCUCUUACUUCACCCAUGUUCUGACCAGGCUUUCCAGCACAUACUGCUUAACUGGUGCAGUAGGUUGGUUCACUUCAGACAACAUAGGUAGUCCUCGCCACUGGGCAGGUCAGUGGGUUGCUGAGGAUUCAAAAGUUCUCUGAAACAGCCCAAUACAGUAGAUAUCCUUUAGAAGUUUUGAAGAGCCACUGUCCUUUGUGAUUAAAACCAAAACAACUGUAGUAACGACUGCUGACUGUGACAUUUGUUUAAUCUCUUAAUUUUUGUAAGUAUUCCAGUGAAACUGUGUACUGUUCAUUAUGAACAACAUUACACAACUAUGUGUAAUUUCCAAUCCAAAGGUGACCACUCUGUUACAACCUACAUACAUGUUCAAGGUGUGUCCAAUUCUGCUAAACCAACAAAAAACCCUACUGUAAACAUUAAUCUUUUCAGUUAAAAAUCAACAAAAUAAACCCCAUGAGACUGACACUAUUUUAUCUCCUUUCAAUGAUCUCAUUACUAUGCCACACAUAGUAGAACAAGUUACUUUACCUAGAUUGCUACAGUAAAAACCCAACUGUAUAAAUGUGUAAUUGUAUGUAAAAAAAAUAAUGUGAUAUCUGUAUAAUGUGAAAUAAUGUAUAAUGUGAUCUCUCGUAACAAUUGUAAAUCGCCCUGAAUAAGGGCGUCUGCUAAGAAAUAAAUAAUAAUAAUAAUAAUAAUAAUAAUAAUAAUAAUAAUAAUAAUAAUAAUAAUAAUAAUAAUAAUAAUAAUAAUACAUCAAAUUUAUUUUCCGGCAUAUUAAACACAAGUAUUUUAUAUAUUUUUGUUAACUUCUAAACCAGUGAUUCACAACCCUGGUCAUGGGGACCCCUUGUGUCUGCUGGUUUUUGUUUCAACUGAGCUCUCAGUUACUUAAAUGAACAAUUCAACUGACAAUUUGGUUAAUAACAUUUUUAAACUAUUCUUCACCUUAUAAGAAGUUGCAUAUUUCAAGUUGUAUUCAAUUUUAUACAAAUCUUGAAAUCUCCAUCUCUUUCAAAUCAUUCAACAGGUUUCAUUAGGCCAAUUGUUAGAUUAAUUGAGUGUUCAAUAAAUAAAUUGAGUUGGAAAAAAAGUAACAGCAGACACAGGGGGGUCUCCAGGACCAGGAUUGAGAUCCACUGAUCGAAGGCAUAUUAGGCUGUUUCAGAUAACUUUUGAAUCGUCAGCAACCCCCUGACCUGCCCAGUGGUGGUGACUACCUAUGCUGUCUGAAGUGAACCCACCUACUGUACCAGUUAAGCAGUGUGUGCUGGAAAGCCCUGUUCAAUUACAAUUCCAGUUACAGUUACAAUUACGCUAUAGUAAUUACAAUUCUACAAAAAAGUAACAAACUACACACUAACAUGUCUACUCUAUUUAUUCAAAGUAACAAAGCAAUAAUCACAGGUACAAAUACAGGAACAUAGUAUGUAACUUAUUUUUUCAAACAAGCAGGGUCACUAAAAAAAGUGGUUGAGAAUACAUAGUGAUCGGAUGACAAAUAAAUGUGUAAUUGAACUAAUUGGUUAAUUAUGUGGUAUAAUUACAAUUAUGCAGGUGUACCAAGGUUCAAAUUAAUUAGGAAUUGCACAAUUACAGUUGUAACUGCCCCCCACGCCUGGUCUUAAGCCAUGGAAUCUCGGAUAUAACCAAUAUCAUGAGCCACACAUCUUAUAUGCAUGUUUGAAACUCUUACAGAUAAUUGCAAUGCUUUGAUUUGUUCUGCAAUAGUUGCUGGACAUCACUUGUCUGCCCUUGUUUGGCCUCUGUCUUAGUACUAUGGUGUCUAAACUAAAGUAGAAGCUGCAUUUGCAAGGUUUUGUGCCACGUAGGAUUAGGAAUGUAGAAAAGCCAGGAAUCUUAAGCCAUAUCUAAUGAGGUAUACAGUGCUCCCUCGCUAUAAGUCUCUCGGUUACAACGCGCCUCUGAUAUAACGCUCCUACAGCAUGUCCCCCAAUUCCCUACUAGUGAUGCAUGCAAUAUAUCUACAGUAAAUACAGUACCGCUGUUCAAACUGUAAACAACUUCUCAGUCUAACUGAUGUUUGUCUCUCCCUUUUGAUACAGCAUCUGAACUGAAGAAAAGCUGCGCUGGCACUUUAUAACACAGACAUUUUUCCUAAUGUGUUUCCUUUUCUUGCAGCGACAGGAGCUGCUUUCUCCGGGAGCCGAGACGCUACAGCCCUGCUCCGGCAGCCGAACCUGGGGCGAGCCCAUUCCCUCUUCCCCUCUCCCCCUCUCCCGACCCGCUCUCCUUCUCGCAUUUGGUUUGCUUAUCUGUCACUUUGAACUGAACUCCUGACUGCCGUUUAGCCAGGCUAUUUAUAGUUUAAAAACCACUAAUUAAAAUUAUCCACAAGUGGGGAUUUUUUUUUUUUUAGCGUUGAUUACAUGGUGCUUUAUGCAUGGUUAAUACACGGAAAGUUACAUUUCCCUUUCAAGUCGAAGACGACCACCAACAUUAAGU